AUGCAUUUUAUGAACAUCCUUGUCGCUCUUGUGGUUAGCUCUCCCUUGAUUGCAGCCGCUCCUACUCGAGAGAAUACGCUUCAAUCCCGAGGCUGUCCCAAUGGUUGGGCUUUUUGCGGGUGUACAUCCCAAAGUGGUGCAGGCGACGGUGCUAUUUGCGGUUCCUCUGAUUACCUUGAGGGCCCCUAUACGUGCCCUGGCAACUGA